AUGUCUUCUAACAGAGACGGUUACCGAGAAUGGGAUCGAGACAGGGAUCGAGAAAGGGACAGAGAAAGAGACAAGGAGAGAGCAUAUCGAGAUUACAGACACCCUAACAAUCGAGAUGACCGACGAGAUCGUGAUCCGAAUGACCGUCGGGACCAUGAAUCAGGGCUUGAACAAGAACGAUCUGCCCGUUUUUCGUCGACUCGCACCGGUUUUGACUCUACCGUGCCACUGUCUGCCCACAGCUCGGUAACCAGUGAGAGCAAUCCACCGCCAUACAAGAAGGUUGCAGACGUUAUGCGCAAGAUGCUGCAACUACAAAACAAGAGGACGCCAAUCCAAGACCGAAAGAGUGCGGUGGAAAGACACAUCAAGGAAAAAGAAGACAUGUACCAAAAGACAAGAUCAAAACACAUUGAAUACCCCUCCUUGUCAGAAACGCAGGAUAACUAUAUUCGACGGUUGCGACAGGAACUGAAGGAACUCGAAGGGGAAUUAGGGAAGAUUGACGAAGAGCUAUCACACAUGUGCAGCUCUUUUGCUACGUCUCUACUCAACUCUCUUCCUGAAAUGCAGAAGAAUGAAAACGCGCUCGCCCUUUCUACCCUCGAAAGCCGUUGCGGAAACAUAGAGAAAGGGCUGGAAGCAACGCUGAAAGCCCAUAAAUUCGCGGGGGAAAAUCAACAUAAGCAGCAGCUCGAAGAUGAACUCAAAGCACACAAAGCAGCCUUGAACACACAGUCUGAACAGAUACUUCGGGAUGAUUGCAAGACACUACAGGCAAAGCUGCGAGAUGAGUUUAAGCAAACCCUUGAAGCUCACCAAGCUAGCUUGAACGCACACGCCGAACAGAAGCUUGAGGAGAGCCGCCAGGCACUGCAAGAGGCACUUCGAGAUGAGUUUAAGCAAACCCUCGAAGCUCAUCAAGCUAGCUUGAACGCACACGCCGAACUGAAGCUUGAGGAGAGCCGCCAGGCACUGCAAGAGGCGCUUCGAGAUGAGUUCAAGAAAGGCCUAGACGCGCAUAAAGCUACGUUAGAUGCAUAUGUCGAACACAAGCUUGAGGAGGAUCGUCAGACGCUACGAGUUGAGUUUGCAAAGAGUCGUCAAGCAGAGGUGGAAGCGGAACCCCAACAAAAACAUGGAGCUGGAAAGGAGCUCCAGACUGGGGUAACCAAAGCUCUUGAACAAAUUGCUACACUUGGCAACAGAAUAAAGCAAAUGGAAGAGGGUCAAGAGGACAUCUCAUCAUUUGGUGGCCUUCUCGAGAAUUUCAAGGGCAGACUAAACAGCUCUGAACAAUCUAGAACAGAUCUUUCAGUAAAAAUAAGCACGAUGGAGAAUACCCUCAGUGAACUGCAACGCGACUUCUCAUCGGUCAGGAAUAGUUUCGAGUCCCGACUAGACGACUCUGAAAAGUCCAGCCAAGAGCAGUCAGAACAAAUAAAGAGUGUGCAGAAUAUUCUACGCGGUUGUCACAACGGCGUCGAAUUUAUGAUAACAAAUACCAUCCAACAAAUUGGUAUUCUGAUCGACAAAGCGAACGAAAGAAUCGCUGUCCUAGAGCGAAUUUCAGCACAAAGAUCCGAAGCUGUGCAAGUUGAUUCUCGCAUUUCGGGCGAGGCAAACGGACAAGUUCAAGAGGGAUUCAAUGUGGAUCAUCAAAAGUCAAUCGCCAACAUGGACGAAAAGUACAGGAACUUCGUCAAGGACGUCAACGACAGACAUGAGAAGCUGGAAGAGACCUUCCAAGACAAAUACAGCAAAUUGGGCGAAACCGUCCAAGAGAAAUACACGCUUCUGGUCAAAACCAUUGAAGACAAUUAUAAAAACUUGAACAAUAUCUGCUGGGGGCUAGAGGAGCAAUAUCAAAACGUUAAUUCCAAAGAUCUAUUCCAACGAAUAAUUGCCGAAGCCAGCAACAUGUUGCCCAACAGUGUGGGAAACUUGAGCACGGAAGUAAACAGGUUGAACUGCAGGCUUGCCGGGAUUGAGCAGCAGAUGGUGAAUCAGAACCUGCCAGAUCAGAAAGUGCGCAAGCGACAACGGACGAUUGAUGAUGAGUAA